AUGGCCAACGCAGACAAGCCAGAGCUUGAAGAACCACCCAUAUCAUUAAUGUCUCCUGUUUGGGAACACUUCGGUUUCCCAGUGAAAUACGUCGACGGACAAAGGCUAGUCGAUAAAACGAAAGCAGUGUGCCGACAUUGCUCAGUAACGAUCGGGUAUGUAGCUGGAAACACAUCAAACUUGUUAACGCACUUGAAAAGGCAUCACCCGAAUGUGAACAUCACUUCUACGAGGAAAAAAACGAGCAUAGUUCAAACGCAGCUCCCGUUGGCAUUUAAACAGACCUUUGCUGGUAAUUCCGAUCGGGCCAAAGCAAUAACAAAUGCAAUUGGUGUUUUCAUAGCAACUGAUCUACGACCAUACUCGGUUGUGGAGAACAUUGGUUUUAAGCACAUGAUGAAGGUGACUGAGCCCAGCCCAACAGCAGCACAUAUAUUGGAGAGCAAACAGGAAAUGCUUAAUAUUACAAAACACAGCCUUAUUCAUGAUGUCACCACCCGCUGGAACUCCAGUUAUGAUAUGCUAGAGAGGUACCUUGAACAGCAAGCAGCGGUGUAUUCUGCCCUGACAGAAAAGGCCCUCAAGAAGAACAAAGAAAUAAGCACGUUGUCUGACCAGGAUGUGAAAAUGGCAGAGGAGGUACUUGAGGUUCUUAAACCACUAAAAACCAUCACAACACUGAUGAGCACUGAAUCCACACCUUCAGUAUCAAUGAUCCUCCCCCUAAAAACCACAGUACUCAACUCUAUGACACCCAAUGAGGAAGACAGUUCAACUGUAAGAGAAAUCAAGGCUGUCAUCACAGAAAAGCUGAAGAACAGAUACUCUGCUUGUCAUGACUUCCUCCACAAAUGCACAGCUCUUGAUCCAAGGUUCAAGGCCCUUCCUCAUGUGGAUGAUGCCUGUCGUGACAGAAUCUACAACGACCUCAUCACAGAAAUUGUAACCAUGGAAGAACAGAGUGCGGAGGCCACAGCAGUUAGUUCAUCUCCAGUGACAGGACACUCAGAGGCAUCAUCUCCUCCUGUCAAGAAGUCUGCCAUGGCUGAACUGUUCGGUGAACUCUUUAAGACUCAGGUGGGAAACAAGCCUACUUUGCAGCUAGUGAAGGAAGAGGUUACCUUAUAA